ACAGUUGGUAGUGUACUCGGCGGACAGCAGCAGCGACUGUAAACAAAACAGAAGAUUUAAUAACUUUCGUCGAAUUGAAAGAAAUGUGCAUAAAGACGUCCUUUAAUUUAAAAUGUUGCUGAACGUCGUGUUACCGUAAUUAUUAUAAUAAUUGUUUUAAGUUUCCUGUCGACUGUUUUCUUCUCAACCAUGGAUGCUGACGGCCCCCAGGCCCUGUGUGACCUCUGCUUGGCUCAGGUGUGCAGCAGCCUGGAGGCUCUGUGCAGCAGGAGAGCAGACGGCUCCCUGGGCCUCAGCUUGGCCCCGGUGUUUCCACAGGAGAUGGCAGACCAGUUACUGCGCAAUAUGGCGACUAAAGGGAUACUGAAUGACACAACUGUUGGGAUUUUCCAAAACUGCAAAGAGCUCCGCCUGCGCAGAGCAUCAAUCCGCCGCUGUACGGUGUCUGCAGAAGCCUUCCGCCUGGCCCUCUGCCCUCACAGGCUCCAGGAACUAGACGCCGCCUGGGCCUCCGGCGGCCUCACAGGGGCUAACAUCGUCUCGGGCCUGGCCUCCAACCCGGAGUGCAGAUCAAGCCUGCGGAGGUUGUGCCUCACUGGGCUACAUGUGGACUGGGAGUCCCUGGUGGAGGUUGGAGUUGGCUUCAGCUCCCUGCAGGGCUUGAGGACACUCAACAUGGCCAACACAGACCUGACUGAUGCUGCCCUGGAGGAUAUCUGCUCUCUCCCUCAGCUGGAGAGCCUGGACAUCUCCUGCAGCGCUGUGUCGAAGCUUACUGCACUCCUCCGUUGCAAGAACACGCUGAGAUCUUUCAUCGGUCACAAGCUGCAGCAGCUGGAUAUAUCGCCUCUCAGGUGUCUCUCUGUCCUCAGUCAACUUCACACCCUCAGGCAUCUAGACUUUUCAGAGGACCACUUUGCAGUGGAUGACAGUGACGGGAAAGACGGGGAGGAGACGGUGCGGCAGCUUCUGGAGGGGAGUGCUCAGGUCCUUCCUUCACUUGUAUCCCUCGAUAUCUCUGGACGGAAGAGGACCAGUGAAGCAUCAGUCAGAGCGUUUGUGGAGGCCAGAGGUGGACUGGUGUUCUUGGGCCUGCUAGCCACCGGGGCUAGCUCCUGUGAAAUCCUGACUUCACAGAGAAACUUAAAAGUAACCGGAGAGGCAAAUGAGAACCAGGUGUGCGAGGCCCUGCGGAGGUACAGAGACCGCGAGUGUUUCAUACGAGAGGCCCUCCUCCACCUCUACAAUCUAACCACUGACAUUGACAAACCUCGGCCAGACAUGCUAAAGCUGGUUCUAGAGGGGAUGCAGAGCCAGCCCACCUCCCUGCACAUCCACCUGGUGGCCACAGCGUGCGUCUUUAAUCUGACCGCUCAGGACCUGGCAGAGGCCAUGCCUGUCUGCCUGCUCACCUCCACCGUCACCCAGCUGCUGAUCGCCAUGGAGAGCUUCCCCAGCCACCAACAGGUGCAAAAGAACUGUCUGCUGGCGCUCUGCAGUGACUACAUCCUUCAGGACAUCCCUUUUGACAAGUAUUUUGCGGCCACGCUGGUGAUUAACUGGCUGCGAAGCCACCAGGAUCCCACCCUUCAGAGGAUGGCGGUGGCUGUCAUCUCCAUUCUGGUGGCCAAGUUGUCCACAGAGGAGACGGUUAAACUCGGCAAGGAUGUCUUUAUUAUGAAGCAGCUGCUGGCUAUAGUGCAGCAGAAAGCCAUGGCGGGAGUGGUGGACUCCACUCUGAAGUUCGCCCUCAGCGCUCUGUGGAACCUGACGGACGAGAUGCCCACCGCUGCUCGCAAUUUUAUCGAGUGCCAGGGCCUGGGGCUGUAUGAGGAGGUUCUUGAGACUUACUACACUGAACCCUCCAUUCAGCAGAAAGUUCUUGGCCUUCUGAACAACAUAGCCGAGGUGGAGGGGUUACAGGGGGACCUGAUGGAGGAGGGCCUGCUGGAGCACAUCCUCAGCCUGCUGCAGGACUCUGAGGUGGAGGUGGGGGUCCGUUACUUUGCGGGGGGGACUCUGGCACAGCUCGCCUCCAGACCUGAGGCCUGGACCCUGGGCGACGAGCUCCACAGCAACACCGUGAAGCAGCUGCAUGAAUCGAUAAUGACAUGGAACCAACUGGAGAGGGAAAUGGUCUCUUACAGGUCGUUCCGUCCAUUUUGCCCUCUGCUUCAGACUUGGCAGCCCUCGGGGGUGCAGCUGUGGGCAGUGUGGGCCAUACAUCUGGUCUGCGGUCAGAAUACUUCACAUUACAGGAGCAUGAUGGAGAAGGAGGGUGUGACUGAACUUCUGCGGGCUUUGGCUGCACAUCCCGACACACACAGCGACAUUAGAGAACUGUCAGACAGCAUCCUGCUCAUGGUGGAUCAACAGCAGAAUGGCUCGGCGUCCACCAAGAACCACACAGAGCCUCAAAACUCUUGACAAAAGUGAAAUAUAAUAUAUUUUAUUUAUUGUUGAGGUUGAAGAUAAAGAAUUGAAUCACAUUGGAAUUUUUCUGUCAGAAUAGUGUAAUUUAUGUCAAAAUCUUUAUUUAAAAUGCUAAUUUAAUUUUAAAUUAUUUUGCGAGGAAUAAAGUGUUUACAUACGUGAAAUUAAUAUGUUUGGUAAUAUUGCAUAAAAUCCCACACCUGUCACUAGGGGGUGCUUUGGUACUGUAGCUUCAGGGCUUUCUGUCCCUAAGCUCUGUGUUUGUACAAUAUUUACUCAGCACAUGAUCAGACUUAAAAUCAAACAUGAUUCCAAGCAAAAUAUUAAAGCCACCUGUUUAUCUGUCUGUACCGAGUGCAUCACUAUAAAGCAGUCAUGCUGGAAAACAAGGUAUCUAGGUAUCCUAGAUGCUGAAUUUAUUUUAUUUUAUAUAACACAGCUGGAAGACAGAACCGCUUGUAGGCAUCUACAGAGUCUAUUCUAAGUUGCCCUAUAAAUAAAUCCUUUUGAAAAGUGAAUUAACAACCUCCCGUGAAUAUAUGAGUUGUACCACAGUGUUAAAAUGUCAAAUCCCCUUUAAUUGACAUUUUUGAAUCCCCUAGAGGAUUUUGUGCUUGUGAUUCAGCCAGGUUAGUCAUCUUGUUGCCAGUGGUAGGCUAUAUAAGACAGAAAAAAACGGCGUAAACUGAUACAGGGUCAGCAUUUAAUCACUGCUUCACCAUUAAUGUCACAGAGGCAGUCCUGGGGGGUUAAAGGUCAUGCGCACCAUAAUGAACAUGGUGUGGUGUUACGGUAAGAAGUUCAAAGGCAAGAGAAGUGUGGGAAAAUGCCACUGCUUUCCAGGCAACCCAGUCUCACUGCAUUUCGUGUUAUAGUCACGACAUUUAAUCUAUUGAUUCGUGUUCACCAACACGAUUUCCCCCUUUUUUUAAAAAGCAAUGUAUUUCUAUUGGUAGUAUGUUUCGUGCCUGCAAAAAUGUCUCAGCUGUGCACCGUGUUUGGUGUAAAUAUAGCCUAUUUACCAAUUGGAUCAAAAAUAUAAAAGUCAGCCGAAUUAAUGUUGAUACUGCAAACGAAUCACGUAAGGAGGUGAACAGAAAAUAUAAAAGUGGUGUUCAUUGUCUUAUUAGGUUUGUGGUUUCAAGAGUCCAUAAAUAAUCAAGUGACACACGAGAAAGCGGCAGGAAGAAAGACUAUCAAAUAACUGGAGGAAAGAAUUGAAGCGCUCACAAAGUCUGGUUAGCAUUACUAGCAUUAAAGCUCAUACAAAUAAACAUGUUUGAUCUUUACAGAAAACACAAUUUGGGGAGAUAAUUUUUCGGAUGCUAGCAACUGUUUUCAGUAGAGAAAUACAAUAUAUUUGUAUUAAAAAGCUGGAUGAUAUUAAUGACAGGAAUACAUUGAAACUAGACCCAAAAGAAGGAUUAAUGCAUGUCAGAAUACAUACACCUUGUAAAAGUUCAAUGUGGUGUUUAAAAUACGUUCUUUAAAUGCAUUUUCUAUGGACUCAACAUAAAAAUAUAAGCCAUAGCUGUUUUCAUGUGUUUCAUGUCUUUAUGCUAAGCUAAUCCGCUUGCUGUAGCUUCAUAUUUAGAAAACAGACAUGAAAGUGGUAUCAAUAUUGAGCAACAACGCAAAUAAGUACCUCUCCUAAAAAGUCAAACAAUUCAUUUCAGAAUGCAGAAGCAAAGACAGAAAUAGGUAUGUUGACAGGUGCAAAAUAGGAUUUAUGGACACAAAUAUCACAAGUUAAAUAAAGCAUUGGAGGGAUACAACGAGAUGAGAGGAGUGAAGUAAGUCAUAGGAAAAUGAAAGACCCUUUCAUGCUCCACGAUAGUUUGAGCAAAAAUACCCUGGACCAAUAUGCAGAUCCCUGUCUCAGUUUGAAAUAUCAUUGUGCUGUUUUGAAUUGGAGCUUAGUGUGAGUAAGCAUCUCGUUAUCUCACUUUUGCAGACAGCUCUAUUGGAUUACCAUAAUCGUGAACCAGUCUGGGCACCCAGAAUACACUAACGUACAAUGCAUUUCAGUUGUGUGUUUGCUUUUUCACAUGUGGGGGGGGGGAGUUUGCAUUUGUGCUGUUAUACCUGUAUCUGUGAGCUAACAAGGACCCAAUAAAGACUAUGUCUUUGACUUGGAUGCUAAUUAGA